CUCCCGCUCCGCCCAAUGAGCGCGGGGCGAGGGGGCGGGGCCAGUCCAGGUGCGCUCCGGACGCUCGCCCUGGCAAAGCGCCCGGGAGCCUCCUGUCGGCAGGAGAUGAUCCGUCAAAUGCGAGCUUCUCCCGAUAAGAGCAAGCAGUCCGGCUCCGAGCGUCAUGGCGACCGCAGCGUCUAACCACUACAGCCUCCUCACCUCCAGCGCCUCCAUCGUGCACUCGGAGCCCGGCGCCAUGCAGCAAGCCGCGGCGUACCGGGACGCGCAGAGCCUGUUGCAGAGCGACUACCCGCUGCAGAGCAACGGCCACGCGCUGAGCCACGCGCACCAGUGGAUUACCGCGCUCUCGUCCCACGGCGAGGCGGCGCCGUGGUCCACCAGCCCGCUCGGCGCGGACCAGGACAUCAAGCCCUCCGUGCAGGGCGCCCGGGACGACAUGCACGGCAACUCCGGCGGCAACCUGCAGCAGCACCAGACGCGGCCGUCGCACCUGGUGCACCAGAACCACCACGACGCGCGGGCGUGGAGGACCCCCACCGCCGCGGCGCCGCCGGCGGCGCACAUCCAGAGCAUGGCGACCACGAACGGCCAGAGUCUACUCUACUCGCAGCCCAGCUUCGGCGUCAACGGGCUGGGGCUGCACCACCACACCCUGCGCGACCCCCACGAAGACCCCCACCACAGCCCGCACCUGAGCGAGCACCAGCAGCACCAGCACCGGCCGCAGAGCCACCACGACCACUCGGACGAGGACACGCCGACCUCGGACGACCUGGAGCAGUUCGCCAAGCAGUUCAAGCAGCGGCGGAUCAAGCUGGGCUUCACGCAGGCGGACGUGGGGCUGGCCCUGGGGACCCUGUACGGCAACGUCUUCUCGCAGACCACCAUCUGCAGGUUCGAGGCCCUGCAGCUCAGCUUCAAGAACAUGUGCAAGCUGAAGCCUCUGUUGAACAAGUGGCUGGAGGAGGCGGACUCCACCUCGGGCAGCCCCACCAGCCUGGACAAGAUCGCCGCGCAGGGCCGGAAACGGAAAAAACGGACCUCGAUCGAGGUGAGCGUCAAGGGGGCUUUGGAGAGCCAUUUUUUGAAGUGCCCCAAACCUGCCGCGUCGGAAAUAAUCAGCCUGGCGGACAGUCUGCACCUGGAGAAAGAAGUGGUGAGGGUUUGGUUUUGUAACAGGAGACAGAAGGAGAAGCGCAUGACGCCUCCCGGCGGAGCUCUGCCGGGCGGCGAGGACGUGUACGGGGACACGCCGCCCCACCACGGGGUCCAGACCCCGGUUCAAUAAACUCGGAUUUUUGCCUCUUUAUUUAUAUACGAAUCACUUCAUAGUGUUUUAUGUACCAUAGACUUGCAGCGAGGAGGAGAGCUGCGCCUUCUUCUUCUUCUUCUUCUUCUUCUUCUUCGUCUUCUAGAAGAACAUGUUUGUGUUUCUGAGGAGACCCAGCCCAGCACUGUGAGUCCAGGGUGCAGACACUAUUGUGUAGUGCAGGAAACAACGCAGCAGAAUGGCUUCCAGAUAUAUACACACACAUAUAUGAAUACAUACAUAUAUGUGUGUAUAUAUGCUGAUUCCUGGUGUUGUCUGCAGAGAUGCUUGCUGGUUGCUAAAAUCUGCUUUCAUUGUAUUGCUCUUAUUUAUUCCGAGGUGGAAGAUUCCAUUAAGAAAACAAACAAAUACCAUCAUUAUUAAUAUUAUUAUUAUUAUUAUUAGCAGGAGUACAAUUCAAAUUAUGAUGAUAUGGUCCACCAAAAAAACAUUAUUUUAUUAUACUUUUUUUUUAUUUGAGGGCACUAACAUGAAGGAUGGGUUUAUUAUAGGGAUUUAUGUCACCAACAUUUUUUUUUUUUUUGGAUCCGCUUUUGUAAAUAUUGUAUAACUUUAAAAGUCAUGGUUCCGUCUUUUUUUCCUCUCUCUCUUCUCUCUCACUGGGGCACUUUUUGAAUGAAUAUUCCAGAAUUUUUGUUAAAAAUCCUUCAUAAUCUACCUGCUGCCUUGUAUCUGUGUUGUUAUUUAACCCUCAUUUCUUAUCCCGGGAAUAUAUUGUUCAUUUGCAUUUAAUUAUAUUAUUAUUAUUAUGAAUUGUUUAGGUCAUGUACAUUUACAGUUAAAUGGUGUACAUUUUCUCGGGGUGUUUUGUUUGGCCGCGGAUUUGUCACCACAAAUUGUACAUUUAUUUGACAUUUAAAACCUCCUGAGCCCUCAAAGGUAAAACUUUGAAACGUGAAAUAAUGGCGUUAAAAAUUGUGAAGAUUCCAAAAAUACAGCAUUUGAUCAAAAGUAUUAUUAAAUUAUUAUUGCAUUAUUAUUAAUAAUAAUGUUUGCGAGGUCGUUGCCAUAUAGUUUAUUUCAGCCGAAUUGUCUCUCCUUGUUUUUUUUAUUUGUCAUCAUUUUUCACCAUUUUAUUUCAUAUGUUUGUU